GCAGCCGUUGCAGCACUCCCUUCGUUAUCAGUUAACCUAUUUUCACCAUGAUUGCCUUGGACGCGGAUCAAUUUGCUGAAAUAAUUAAAAGUAUUUUUCCAAUAUAUUUAAUAUUAGCUCUCCCGAUAUUUAUUAUCCUUUCCCCAAUAAAUCCCGUCGAAGCCUCUCAUGAAUUCUCUGCCUACCGGAUGCAACACUUUGACCUGCAUGGCACUGCCCGAGGCUGUCGCAGUAGUGUGGUUAAUUUGGAGGCUCGAUCACUGAGCACAUGGAGCACGUUAAGGCAUUGUGUCAUAGCGCAUUUCGAAGAUCUAGCCCUGGAACAGUUGGACAAAUUAUUAACUCAAGCUGGGGCACUACUAAUAAUAUUGCCAAGAGAUUUCUCUAAAUUAUCAGCCGAGGAGAAACAGAAUGUGCUGAGCAUUGAAAAGAACUUGCUGCUUCAGCAAGUUCAAAUUCCCAUUUAUUUUUUGGAGUGGUCUUAUGAAUUGAAAACUAUAGUGAGAGAUUUAUCAACUGGCUUAACUGCUAGUGAACCAAAGAAAGAAACAGCAGCUCAUGCUCUAUUUAACUCAAUCUCCGCAAAUGGUUAUCAGGUGUCCAUAAAUGCUCCCAGGCCUAAUAUUAAGUAUGACCUUCAAAUACCCACUAUCCAGGGGAAACUUUCGGGGUAUGGCGUUGAGGACAAGUUACCCACCAUAGUUUUCGUUGCUCAUUAUGACAGUUUUGGUGUUGCACCCGAGUUGUCGUAUGGAAGUGAUAGCAAUGGUUCCGGAGUAGUCGCCCUGUUGGAGUUAGCUCGUAUCUUCUCUCAUUUUUACUCUAACUUGAAGACGCAUCCUCGCUUCAACAUGCUGUUCUUGCUCUCUGGUGGUGGCAAAAUUAAUUACCAAGGAAGUAAGAAGUGGUUGGAAGACAACAUUGAUGUCUCAGAAGGCUCUACUCUCCAUGAUGUGCCCUUUGUUAUCUGUCUGGAUUCUCUUGGCGGCUCAUCAAGUGACCAAUUGUACUUCCAUGUUUCCAAACCACCCAAGGCAGGAAGUCCAGCCGAUCAAUUUAUAAAGAUUGUCAAAAAUGUAAGUGAUGAUGCCAAUUCCAUCCACAUGGUGCACAAGAAGAUAAACCUUGCAGAUGAUCUUUUGGCAUGGGAACACGAACGCUUCAGUAUCAAGAGACUGCCUGCUUUUACUGUCUCAAGCCUAACAUCUCACAAGGACUACAUCCGAAGUACAAUUUUUGAUACAAAAGCGAAUGUAAACACAGCAUUCCUGGAGAAGAGUGUCAAUCUUCUAGCUGAAUCUAUAGCGCACUAUGUUUUCAAUUUUUCAAAAUCUAAUGACAUCAUGACUGGGUCCUAUGGUGUCAGGUCUAAUUUCAUCAAAUCAUGGGUAGAAUUCUUGUCGACUCAUCCUCGAUCUGCUCAACUGCUAGGUGAUAAAAACAACAUACUGGUGAACAUUCUUCAAGAAAGUAUGGGAACGUACUUGAGGGAUGUCAAAGUCUCAUAUAUGACGGCUGACAAACGGGAUCCGGAGUUUGUAUUUUAUGAUGUUACCAAAGCAGCUCUUCAUAUUUACAAUGUGAAACCAGCAGUAUUUGACUUGUUCCUCUCAGCAGCAAUCGGAGCUUAUCUUGGAUUCUGUUACCUAGCAAUUCUUAAAUUUUCUGUCCUGUACAAUGCAAUCCAGUCAUUUUCCUCUUCAGUCGUCAAGAAGAAAGUCAACUGAUCAUUCUUUUUUGGAAUAGUCCACUACGCAAUUUCGGAGGAAUCGUAGUUUCUAAUUUGGUGUUGGCGCAUCACAGUGGUCAUCAGCUUUGGUCGGAGGUCAGUACCAGAUAAGGGCAAUUUUUUGAAAGUAUUUGUAAUUUGAUACUCAAGUUUAGAGUUAGUAAUUCUGUAGGUUUAAAGCGUUUUGUUAUUUUUUGUGAUUCCUCAAGUUUGCUCAUUUCUUUCGAUAGAGAAGGUGUUUGUUUAGUUUAAGGUGUAAGGAAAGUGUUUUUAUGUCUUUAAUUUUGUUCCUUAAGGCAAUCCCCUCUCGAAGUUGUGGAUUGAACGUAAAUUCCUCCAAAAUAUGGGCUUUAAUUUCCACAAUUAGCCUCUUCAAUAAAAUCUCUCAUUUUCUUUGUUUAUGUACCAAUUAAAACACUAAAAAGUGACUUUGCAGCGCUUUAAACGGCUUUUUCUCGAAAAGCAUUUUCGUCAGAAGAUUAAUUUUCAAAAUGAAGUCUAGAUACAGUGAAUUAUCAGCCCCCUUACGAUAAAUCGCAGCAUUUUAUAGCAACUUAAAAGAGGAGCCAGGUGUAAAAUUGAAAAAUCCUUCUUUAAAGGAGCGCAGAUGAUGUUUUAAGGCAUCUGAUCUCCUUUUGGUUAUUUUUCAUCAAUUGUCAAAUAUGUCUUCCUAAGAGGUUAAUUUUUUUAUUUUUACAAACAAAUUAUAAAAGAGGUCUUUUUUAUACGUGGAAGAUUGUCCAUUAAAUGCAGUAGAAUAAGCAGAUAUCUCUUUGAAUUUUUUUAAACCUCGAUCAAUCAGAACAAGAUAAAAAAUUGAAACUAGUCAAUUAGUCAUGGGUUCAAUCCUCAAAUAUUGAAGGGAAAACUCAGCGCUCGUCUUUUAAUCCAAAGCAACUUAAUAAAAAGAAAUUGCUAAACCUAGGGAUUUAUAGUAUAUUCAAAUGAGGCUACUUGAUUAGGAAGUAUGCAAAAAAAAAAAAAAUUAAAUUAUACAAAUCUACUUUCAACUUUCAAAUAUUGUUUUAAGAAAUCGGUCAGAAAAUGGUUCAAUUUGCAAUGAAGUGACCCCAGAGAUAAAAAAGAAUUCAUAAGUGCUCUCUCAAUAUUAUGAAACUUGUAACAUCAAAAUACGCUCUAACCAUCAGUGUCUCUUUCAAAACAUAUUUCCAUAAUUUACUUUAAUUUUAAGCUGCUUGCUGAGUUUAGACCUAUCAUUUUCUUUGUUUACAAAAUUUUCAAAAAUUUAAUGAGCACAAAAGAAAACUAAUAAAAAGACAAAUGAGAAACUUUUCCAUUAAUCAUGGACCUCUUUUAUCAUAAGUAACAAUCAUUAAUGACAGAAAUGUGAACUUCAUCAGGUUGCGAGUGCUUCUCUCAGUUUAUGGGUGUAUUAUGUGAUUGCCUUUUCCCUGAGAAGGGCUUUUGAAGAUUUAUUCAACACGCUUUUCAAUGUUUUUUAACAUCUAGCUCCCUUUAUAAUCUGUGUAAAAAAUUAACUUACAUACCCUUUCCUCACAUUAUGAAGCAUUGAGUAGGUGUAUUCCAUUUUACUCCCAACAAAAACAGCUCAAUUGUUUAAAUUUUGAUUGUUAUGUAACCCUGUGCUUCAGCUCAACUCGUAAACUAAUUUCAAGCAACCCCUCUCCUCCCGCCCUUGAGUACCUUGCAUAAUAGUUGACCGUUUUCGCUAGCUAUUUCGCUUUUAUGUUAUUGUUAUAAUUCUUAAGCAACCACAGGAGAAGGGACUUCAGUGCCUGAAAACCAGAUGUUCAGGUAUUAGAUCCAUUGCCUAGAGAACUGUUCUGUAAAAUUUAAGCCACUCAUUCUAUUUUAUGUACUUGGAUGUUUAUGUAUUAUCUGUUACUUGGAUUUGUAUGUGCAAAAAAUACCUAAAAAGUUCAAACCAAAUCAGAGUGUUGACAGUAAGAGUUUCUACUCAAAAAUUAAAGGCCUUGUCCACACACGUAGAGUUUGCAAAACUUCAGUGAAAUUAGUUAUAGCUGAGUUAUAAUUUAUUCGAUCCGCGCACAGGAAAGAGGCAAUAAACGAUGUGCAGCUUAAAGUCCCGCGAACUUGCUUAGGCAAAGUUCUGCAAACGGUUCUUCGUGUGGACAAGGCCUUUCAUAGCCUUGAAAAAAAAAAUGUAAAGUUUUGGUUUGCCAUUAUUUGGGCUCUAAAUUAGACUACAUUUUUUGAUAAGGAACUACUAUUUUUAACUCAUCAAUAAAAGCUCCUAUAAGCACGAGGGCUUCAAUGGCUCAAACUUUGUUCCUAAAAUGAGCCGAAAACCGUACAUAGCUCUUUAUUGCAAAAUGAAAUCCAAUUAUUUGAUUAUUUUGUAACUUGCUGCCCUAUGCCCUCCAUUGACGGAAGUUAAAACCAAAUUACUUGCAGCUUAUUCUUUGGGGUGCUAGAAUGUGCUUCUCAUUGAAAACUAAACACAGAUUUUGUGUCCCAACUUGGUGAAAAUCACAAUUUGAUAAAAAUAUUGUUUUCAAGUACUAAGGCUCCUCUCCUGUAGGCGACCGCCUAUCCUGUAGGCUGUUAUGUUUGUUUUUUUAUUGAAUUCUGAGGUGUUGUCAGUUUUUCUUCACCAUGUGCUUAAGUUUCAUGAGCAAGCUCAGUCGAUUCGGAUUGUUGUUUUUUUUAUUAUUAUUAUUUUUUUUUUUAUUUUUCUGAAUUGUAGACAUUAUUUUAAGCAUAUUAGUUCAAAAGGUCCCUUCAUCACUUGAACUUACUGUAGCAAGUUUAUGGAUUCUCUUUCCCUCCUGCCGUCUUCCUCUUUCGUCAUGAAGCUACUUUAUACUUUGAGGAACGAAGUAUUCUUUGAAUGUAAAGUAAUUUUAAAACACAGCUCUCUCAUGGCCAAUGUCAUACAAUUAAUCUUGUUCUGUGGUGCAAAGAUUUGCAAUUCAAGUAGUUCUACGAUAUUGUUGAUGCCUAGUUGUUUUUUGCGCUACUACCAUCAUUAUAAUGCACACUGCUUUUAGUAUUCUCGAAAUAUUGAUCUCCUCUUUACAAGUACAUAUGGCUAAGAGAGGCGUUGAUACAAUUUCGACAAUAGAUUUGUAUAUUGAUGGAUGCACCAAGAGAGAAUAUAGCGUUUUUUGUGUACACCAAUGCGCAUAGAAAACCCGAAGCUAAUCCACUCAAAUAAAAUCUGUAUAUUUUACAGUAGAAAAUUGUUUCUAAGGGCUGACUUUUUUAGAUGAGCUUAGAGAUGUAUUAUAUGAGAGGAGUAUGGGAAUGUGUGCGAAACCCAGCUCCAGUUUUUUGCCAGAUUGUUUUCAAAGACAGAUAUGACCUACGCUGAUUAUUGUUUUUUCGCGAGUGAGGAGCUUGAAUUGUUUACAAUGUGAACUAAAAUCAUUAUUUUCCCAAUUAAUGAGUAAAUUUUGAUACGUUCAACAUGAAGGUCAUACGUUCUGUGUGAAAUUGAUGAGGAAGCAUGUUUAUCAGAGAUCUAAUUUAUACCCUCUUUUUGGUACCUCCAACUUAAUCAGAUUAACUGUUUAACAACAGCGUUUCCUUCGAUGAAAAAAUAGGACCUUGUUGUAAUUGUUUUGCAAUACCUGCAUUGAUGGAAAAAUAUUUACAUUUGGGGAAUGACUUUUGAGAUUCUCAGUUCUUACUUAAUACCACUGCACUGAUCUUAGCUGGAUGAAAUGGUGAUGCUUCAAAAAAUUUAUCUGAAUUUCAACAUUUCAGAAUUUUUGCUCCUUUGUCAUGUUUUUGAAGGGAAGCGAAGUAACGUUGUCCUUUGAAGUUUUUGAAGAACUUUUCCAAAGAAGAAAAAUAAAUUUUCAAGUAAUAAAUUUGAUCAUAGUUUACAAUACAAAAGUAGCCGCCGACUGAGAGAAGGAGUCAAAUGAGUGAUCUUUUAAAUCAAUCUUUUUUUCAAAGUUGAAAUGCGGCACAUUCAAGCCACAACCUUUAGAAAAUAGAUAUUGCCGCUUUCCUGGCCCCAUCCCUAGCUGCUGCGUUUCAUGUUAUGGACUGUAGUGCACCACUUUUUAAAUGUGAAGUUUGAUGGGAAAUUUGAGAUGUUGUAAAUCUAAAUACGCGUCUAUACUUGUGGAUCACCCACUAGCACUGAAAAUCUCUUUCAUAAGUUAGUCUUCGAACAGAAGAAGUCAAUAACUGUGUGGUUUUUUUUUUCUAUUUCAUCAAAUAAGUAUUUCUUAAGACCAUGGUCUUUCCACUAAAUUAAUUUACACCGCUUAGAAAUGCCCUUCUCCUGUAAGUCUUUUUUUUUUGUUGAUUUAAUCGAAAGUUCUGAUUUGAAAACUCUAAACUUUUAGCGAAAUAUAUCCAUCCUGGGAAUUUUUUUUAGCGCUUAGUUGUUUAUCUCAGGAAAUAUUUUUCAAUUUGUGAGAAUAAAUGAAAAUUUAAUUGAGCGUAGAAACAAUGAUUUGAAAGUUACAAUCUAGUCUUUCUCCUCUGUUAGGUUAAUCUAUAUACCCAUCAUCAGGGCAACAUAUGAAUUUUUAAAUUUUCGGAUAGUUGAAUUGUUGCUAUAGAGGGUGCAUUUUUGUGAAUUCAUUCUGCGAAUGAUGUUAAGGUGGCAUUUUGCCUGGAUUUCAAUUAAUGUAAUCUUCUGUAGUGAUAUCUAUUUUUUAAUUUUAAUAAAUUUUUUCUUUUCAAAACUGAUAA